GUUGCUGGAAGGCCCACAUGUGUUCUAAUUUUCGGAGAGAAACACAUUUGUAAACAAGCGGUUUGACGUUUUAGGUACUAGAAGCAGAAACUGAAUUUACACGUUAGUGUACUUUGCGUUUUUGUUGUACAUUAUGAAACAUUUUUGCUAACAUUUUGUUGGAAGUGAAAUCUGUUUUUUUCUGGUGAGCAAGAAAAUCCCCUGGAAAGAAGCUUAAUAUAAAAUGGCACCGAGAAAAAACAAGAAGAAAGCACCAAGCUUUCGUAAGUUACUGAAAACCAGCAAUGUCAAGAUUGAAAACAAAUUAAAGAACAGGCAGUUCAAGCAGCAAAGCGCUGCAAAGAAACACCGGAAGGAGCAGAAGAAGCUCAAGCAAGCUCUCAAUAAUGCUGCAACCCGAACUCCUCUUCCACUGGAGCGGUACAAGAAAAGGCCAGAGGAUGAGGAAGAUGAGGAGGAGUUUGAGGAAACUCUCCCUGUAGAUAUGAUGGAAGAUGAUGAUCUGGAGCAGAUGAAGGCCAUGGCUCAAAAGGCCUCAUUCCUAACAAGAGACCUUUCCUCCAGUGAACCAGUCCAUGCCAGGAAGCGCAAACAGGAGAAUGUGAUGGAUAAGUAUGAGAAGGUGCCUAGACUGAUGCAGAAGGAGCAGGAAAAAGAGCUUAUUCAUCUGCUGCCCAUCAAAGACAAGACUGGCAUUAUUCCCCAGACUAUGGAGAAACCAGUAGUAAAGAAAGUAGAGAAGGAACAUGGGGAUGAAGGUGAUGGUGCUGAAGAAGUUAGCGCUCCAAAGCUUCUUCCAUUGCUAACCACACAAGAGCUGGUGGUCCUACGGAGGAAGAGACUAGAGGAGAGAAAGGUUUGCAUUGCUGCUCUGGGAUCAUCCAUUUUGUCAGAUCCAUCAGCCAAUAUUAAGAAGUUGAAGGAGCUUCGCUCAAUGCUGGUAGAGUUGGAUCCAUAUGUGGCCGUCACAGUUCGAAAACUAGUGAUGGUCUCACUGAUGGAGAUCUUUAAGGACAUAGUUCCUUCUUACAGGAUUCGGCCCUUGACUGAAGCAGAAAAGUCUACUAAGGUUAAAAAAGAAACCCAGCAACUACGAGAGUUUGAAGAAGGUUUAGUAAGUCAGUACAAGUUUUACCUUGAGAACUUGGAGCAAACUGUUAAAGACUGGAAACAGAUGAAGAAAAAGAAAAGUGACGUUGUUUCAUUAAAGUCUUACAAAGGUCUGGCUGAAGUAGCCGUAAAGUGUCUUUGUGAGCUCCUGGUAGCUUUGCCUCACUUCAACUUCCACAACAAUAUCAUUGUGAUGAUUGUACCCCUUAUGAAUCAUGAGUGUAAAAAGGUUUCAGAAAUGAGCUGUGAAGCAGUGAGGAAGCUUUUUAAACAAGACAAAGUUGGUCAAGCGUCUCUCGGAAUGGUUAAAGUGAUCUCUGGUCUUGUCAAAAGUAGAAACUAUGAGGUCAAACCAGAGGUUCUGAAGGCUCUGCUUUGCUUGAGAGUAAAAGAAGUGGAAGUUAAGAAAGAUGCAGAUGAUAUUGCCCCCAAAAAGAGAUUCAUGAACUUCAAAGAAAAGAGAAAACAUCUUUCAAGAAUGCAAAGAAAGUGGAAGAAAGCUGAAGAGAAGUUAGAAAAAGAACUUCUAGAAGCUGAAGCAACAGAAAGCAAAGAGAAAAAGCUUAAACUGCACACAGAGACCCUGAACAUUGUGUUUUUAACCUACUUCAGGAUACUGAAGAAAGCUCAGAAGUCAAUUCUGCUCUCUUGUGUUUUGGAAGGUCUCGCAAAGUUUGCCCACCUUAUUAAUGUGGAGUUCUUUGAUGAUCUGCUGAUUGUGCUGCACAAACUCAUUGAAUCUGGGGAUUUGAGCUACAGGGAAAGCCUUCAUUGUAUUCAGACUGCUUUUCAUGUUCUGUCUGGUCAAGGUGACGUACUGAACAUUGACCCAUUGAAAUUCUACACACACCUCUACAAAACUCUACUCAGACUACAUGCAGGUACUACGAAUGAUGAUAUGAUCAUUGUCCUGCAGUGUCUGGACGUCAUGCUGACUAAGCGCAGGAAGCAGGUUUCAGUACAGAGAGCGCUUGCUUUCAUUAAACGCCUCACCACGCUCUCUCUACAAGUGCUACCAAAUUCAACAGUCGGCAUCUUGGCAACAAACAGGGUGCUAAUGCACACAUUCCCCAAGUCCGAUAUCUUGUUGGAUAAUGAGUCGCAGGGUAGUGGGAUAUAUCUGCCCGAGCUUGAUGAACCAGAGUAUUGUAAUCCUCAGAAUACUUCUCUGUGGGAGCUGCAUACACUUCAGAGACACUAUCACCCUAUUGUGCGGAAGUUUGCAGCUCAUCUCAUUGUGGGGGCACCAAGCGAGGGCUCAGGAGCCCUUAACGUGGCUCUCAGUAGAAAAUCUGCUACUGACCUUUUCGAGGAUUAUAGUAUAAAAGGAAUGACUUUCAAUCCUCCAGUUGCAACACCAUCAUCAAAGAAAAAGGAGAAGUUUACAAUUGGAGAUGCAUUGCUGGACAGUGAUUUGAAGAAACAAAUUGACAGCCGUCUUGAAGCUACCUCGAUCCUGUCUGAUUUGGAUUUUGCAGUGCAUUUCAGGAAGGCAUUUAUAUAGAGAACAGUGGCCAGCUUUGGGACUGUGGUGUUUAACACAGGACUGUAAAAGAGACUAUCAUUAUUGUGGUUUGCAUUAUGAAAAGCCAACAGGUUAAGGAACGGACGGAUGGGAAUGUGUUAAUGAAAGACGAUAGUGGAUAUUUGAAGACCAUAUGCCAGAGGAGCAAUUAAAAUUAAAUUCUCAAGAUGGUGUUUUUUUUUUUUUUUUUACAACCUGUUGUGUUUGAAUAAAUUCCAGUAAAAUUA